AAAAAAAACGAAGGUUUAUCUUGUCACAUGAUCAAUUGCCUGGAGGCCCAAUACUUUUUUAUUUUUUUAAUCCGCUACCACGGGAUCUUUAACUGAGGGCAAGCAUUGUGCAAACAUAUGGACAUCAUUGUUCUCUGGGUUCUUAAAAGACACAGCGCGGGUAUUUUUAUCACUUGUCCCCAGAAAUGUUAGUUUAUAAUUUCUGGGAAGAACGGUUGAAUUUACUGGAGGCCCACUGUCAAUGCUAUCUGUAAUUGUGCUGAAUGGGUUGGAAAUUACGAAGUGGGCCUUGAAUUUUUAUUUUAUUUUUAAAUGGGAAAGACAAAGACCGUGACAUUGAAUUAGUUACAUCUCUGCGUCUUAUUGGAACUUAUUGACCACAUCAUUGCUGUGAACAGGUGUACAAAUCCAUUUUUAGGGAGAAGGCAGAAGAUUACAGCGGCGUGAAAGAUGAGGGCUCUGGUGCUGGUUCUGGGUCUGGUUUGUUUUGUGACAAGGCCCGAUUCUACGGAGGCCCAGUUUCCUCGAGUCUGCAGCACGGUGGAGGGGAUCGUCUCAAAGCAGUGCUGCCCUGCUCUCGGCUCUGAUCCUGCUAAUGUGUGUGGAACUUUAUCUGGACGAGGAAACUGCUCCGACAUCAGAGUCAGUACCAAACCCUGGGGCGGACCAUAUCGAAUGAGAAACCGAGAUGACCGUGAAAGGUGGCCAACAAAAUUUUUUAAUCAAACUUGCAGGUGCUUCGGUAACUUUGGUGGCUUCGACUGUGGCCAAUGUAAAUUUGGCUGGGCAGGACCAAACUGUGACGUACGUAAAGUCCCGGUGGUGAGGAAGAACAUCCACUCUCUGACUCCAGCUGAGCUUCAGGAGUUUCUGGAUGUGUUGGACCGGGCCAAGAGCACCACACACCCAGACUAUGUCAUCGCAACACAGCACUGGCUGGGCCUGCUGGGGCCCAAUGGAACCCAGCCCCAGUUCUCCAAUAUUUCCAUCUACGACUUCUUUACAUGGCAGCAUUACUACUCUGUCAGAGAAACGCUGCUUGGACCUGGACGUCUUUUCAAACAGAUUGAUUUCUCCCACAAAGGACCUGCCUUUAUAACCUGGCACAGGUACCACCUACUCAGUUUGGAGAGAGACCUGCAGAGACUGACUGGCAAUGAGAACUUUGCUGUUCCAUACUGGAACUUUGCCACAGGGCAGACUGAGUGUGACGUCUGCACAGACUCUCUCCUGGGGGGGCGCAACCCAGACAACCCCUCCCUCAUCAGUAACCAGUCCAGGUUCUCCAAUUGGGGAGUGGUGUGUAACAGCAUGGAUGAAUAUAACCGUCUGGUCACUUUGUGUAAUGGGACCAGUGAGGGACAUAUAAGGAGAGGACAGGUAGGGAGGAGCAACAUGAGUCUUCCCACAAUGAAUGAUGUCAGGAGCUGUCUCAGACUCAGAGACUUUGACAGUUCUCCCUACUACACUAACUCUACCUUCAGCUUCAGGAAUUCUCUUGAAGGCUAUGACAAGCCAGAUGGCGAGGCAGAGCUUGACUCCUCAGUGGACAAUCUGCACAACCUGGUCCACUCCUUCCUCAAUGGAACCAGUGCUCUGUCUCACUCUGCAGCCAAUGACCCCAUCUUUCUAGUUCUCCAUGCUUUCACUGAUGCCAUUUUUGAUGAGUGGAUGAGGAAGUCUGUUCCCCCAAACUCCAGUUUCCCCGAUGAGAUGGCCCCCAUUGGUCACAACAGAGAUUACAACAUGGUGCCAUUCUUCCCUCCUGUGACCAAUGAAGAGAUUUACGUUGCGUCUGACCAGCUGGGAUAUUCUUAUGCCAUCGCACUGGAUGAGAAUGACGGUAAUCCUGUAUUUGUCGUGAGAGCUACAUUGACAGGCGUUUUCGUGGGCCUACUGGCUGUGCUCAUGGUAGUCGUGGUUUAUAUGCUGCACAGGCGAAGAAAGCAUGGCUUUGAACCCUUAAUACAAUACAAUAGGAAGUACAUAGACAACUCUUGAACUUUUCUUGAGCUAAAGUCUAACAGUACCUGAACGAAAGCCUACGGUUUAUCUGAUUAAGCUUGUAUGCAAUGUUCAUAUUAACGUAAUACACAGUCAUGGGAUCAAUUGAAACAUACUGUAAACUCAAGAUAAGUACUUAUUUCAUCAACGUAAAAUCCUGAGGGUAGAAUGUUUGAGACCUGUAAUAUUUAUAUUCAGCCAAUCAGAACAACACAAGGAAUGAACCCAUACAGAAUAAUGAACACUUACUGAAUAUUUAUUCAUUUAUUGAGAGCCCAUUUUCAGUUCCUGUUCUGUAAAUGUUUGAUUCUAUGGUCUUGGACAAAAAUUUAGUUUACGAGAAUAAAUAUUUGUACACCCUUUGAUUCUGAUCCCAGUUAUGUUUCCUAUCCUUUGUUGUCAAUUAGGACCCUUGCUUUUUAAAAUUUUUACUAACAUGCCACUGACUUUGAGUAAAGCCAGAGUGUCUAUGUACGCGGAUGACUCAACACUAUACACGUCAGCUACUCCAGAGACUGAAAUGGCUGCAACACGUGACGAAGAGUGGGCGGCAAGGAAUAAGUUAGCCCUAAAUAUUUCUAAAACUAAAAGCAUUGUAUUUGGGACAAAACAUUCAGGUAACCGUAAACCUCAACUAAAUCUUAGAUAAUGUGGCACAGACACAUGCACACACACACACACACACACACACACACACACACACACACACACACACACACACACACACACACACACACACACACACACACACACACACACACACACACACACACACACACACACACACACACACACACACACACACACACACACAUGGAUUUAGUGUUGCAGAUAUGUGGUAGUGGUGGAGUAGGGACCUGAAGGCACAGAGUGUGUUGUGAAAUCUGUGAAUGUAUUGUAAUGUUUUUAAAAUGGUAUAAAUUGCCUUAAUUUUGUUGGACCCAAGGAAGAGAUCUGUAAUAAAUACAAAUAGAAAUUCAA